AUGUCUGGGGAGAAGAAGGUGGCAGGAAAAGCCGCCAAAGUUGAGGACUACGAUGAUGAGCAAGGCCGCGCGGUGCCCGGCACUGCUGUCCGUGCCUCCACGGUCUCGCAACGCCCGCCGCCACCAUCAUCUCGUUCAACGAGGACCACGAUACACAGAUAUUCGACGACUGCGAGCGACUCCGGCUACUCGUCGCACCAAAGUGCUCCGCAGAAGAUCCCUGCCCCACCUGCGAAGCCAGUCGAAGCUCCGUCUCGACGAAACACAACCACCAACUCCAGCCCAUCCAAAUCCAAACCGGCUGUAGCUGUCCACAAUGCGCCCACUCGGACGAGCCAACCUGUCAAAGCGUUGCCUAGGCAUGUCAGCGCGUGCGACGACCCGUACUGCUGCGAUCCAAAUUGUGAGCGACGCUAUAUCUUGCCGGAGCGGAUGGCAUCAGCCAAAGCGUCGCAGCCACAAUACCAGCAGAUCCCUCAGUAUCAGUACGCACCGACGUCGCAAGCUACAACGAUGAUGCCACCGCCACCUCGACCUCGCGCCGAAUCAAACUCUCGAGCAAUGCCAGUGAGUACAUACGGAUAUCCCGUGCAGACGACCGCUCUAUCGCAAACCACCGCGCCCGUGGUCCCACCAUACCACUAUCAACAGUAUCCUUUACGACCACUUUCAGGUCACUACGGCAACUAUGCUCCCCCAUCACCCUCGUCCCCAACGUACAUGAGCUAUCCAUCGCAUCCGGUCGAUCCAACCACCUUCUCCGCACGCAAGCUCAACGCAGCUCUGCCCGAUCUGGACCCAGUCCAACGUGCAUCGCGGCCCGUGUCCGGCAUGGCUCAGAUUUCCGCUCGACAAGCUACACAACAGGUCUAUGCCGACUCCGAGUCUGCGGAGGACUCGACUUCGGAGUUCUAUACAUCAGAGGAAGAACGCCGCCCUCGCAGGUCAAAGUCUCGGCGGCGACCGCAGCUGCUUGAAAGGUCUUCUCCUGUGGAAACCCGUCCAUCUCGCCCUGCACACAAGAAAUACCACACCGAAACGUCCGUCCCGCAACGAGCCAUCCGGGAGUCAAGACCGCACACAGGUCGCGCACGUCAUUCCGAUCAGGAUGCACACUACCUGUCUUCCGAUGCUCGCAACGACUCUGACCGUACGGCCCGCGCUGACGUCGGCAGUCGCUCAAACACCUACUCUUCCCGUAGCAGUCGUCGAUCCUCCCUUGUCACCGCAUCCUCCGGCCGAACCAAAACCACUCAAUCCAGUAACACAGACAACACGGACUACUCCACCUACGAAGAUCGCAAUGGACGUCGAAAGGUCUAUCUCUCCGAGGAUGAGCGACAACUUCGUCGUCGCCAACAGCAGAAACGCCAAGAAGAGCUCGAUCUCCAGGACCGCGUCGCCGCUUACCAGCGCAAUACUGGCGGCGGUGGGUUGGAUCCGCAUGAGCUCACCGCUGAGAACAUCCGCAAGAAGGAGCACCGCAAGUCAGCCAGCCAUGUUUCCGGUCGCAGUCAGAAGACGAGCAGAUCUUCCAAUCGCGACGGUGGCGGCGACGGUGGCGUGAAGAUACAAAGCGGCGGAACAGUCCUACAUGUGUAUGGUCAAGCAAGCAUCGAAAUGCGGCAGGAUGAAGACGGCGGAACGGCUUUCGUGAUUGGGUCUUCCGGGAAGAGCUACCACGGGAGCAAAAGCUCGGGGAGCCGCAGUGCGCGCGAGAGGGGACGCAGCGAUGUUAGCCGAAGGGUCAUUCGGGAAGAGGACAAUUUCGAUGAGGCCGGAUAUGAGAUUGCGAGGUAG